AUGUGGACCAUCGAGGACGGCGCCACUGUGGUCGUCACGCUGACAAAGGCAAACCAGAUGGAGUGGUGGAAGACGGUGAUCGCGGGGGACGCGGAGAUCGACCUGCAGAAGGUGGUGCCGGAGAACUCCAAGCUAGACGACCUCGACAGCGAGACGCGGCAGACGGUGGAGAAGAUGAUGUACGACCAGCGCCAGAAGGCGAUGGGGCUGCCCACCUCCGAGGAGCAGCAGAAGCGGGACAUGCUGGCCAAGUUCAUGGCGGCCCACCCCGAGAUGGACUUUUCGCAGGCGAAGAUUUGCUGA